GCACUACAUUAAAUAACUGCGACUUUCUCUCUCCUGUUUCUCCGAACGAGCUUCUGUUCCUUUGGGCUUCUCUCCCUCUCUCCUACCUCUGCCAGAGUUUCUAGGGUCAGGGAACAUGGGUGAUUCCUGUUGCUGAGUGAGAGAGAGUUGUGUUAGCGCUGUUUCGGGAGGUGCUCUUGGUUUCUGCAGAGAUGGAAGGUGUGGAAGAGGCUAAUAGUGCAGCUGUGGAGAGCUGCCACGGAGUGCUGAGCCUUCUAUCUGAGACCAAAGACCAAACCCUAGCUUACGAACAUGUAGCGACAGAGACAGGAAAGGCAAUUUCAAGGUUUGACAAGGUCGUUUCUAUGCUUGGUAAUGGCAUGGGUCAUGCAAGAUUUAGGAGGCCGAAGAACACCCAAUACCACCAUUUCAAUCGCAGUAUCUUCUUAGAUAGUUUAGUGGUAAGCAGAGCUGACCAUUCUCCGUCUUUGCUCCAACUCCUGCCAACAACUCCACUGCUAGAAAAACCAGUCAGUGAGAUGAAGGUUUCAAAUUCCAAGAUGCCUCUUCGAGUCCCAUCCAGCUUGAUGCUGGAGAACCCAAUAGUGACAAAGGGCAGCAGGAGCGAUCUUCAAGCUGCCUUCCACAGUCCCACUCCCUCCCACUUCCAUUUCCUUCAACAGCAGCACAACCACCAGAUGCUUCAGCUUCAGCAACAGCUGAAGUUCCACAAUGGAACGUAUGGGAGGAGCACCAACAGUGGGCUCAACCUCAUGUUUGACAACUCGAGUUGCACGGGGACUGCGUCAUCUUCUAGGUCUUUCUUGUCGUCCCUGAGCAUCGAUGGAAGUAUGGGGAGCAUGGAUGGGAGGGCCUUUGACCUAGUUAGUAGACAACAAUUGUCCAGUCCCGUGAACUGGCACCUUCAGGAGAGGAAGUGCUCCAAAGGAGGGAAUGAUGGAAAUGGCAAAUGCAUGAAAACAGGCAGGUGCCACUGCUCAAAGAAGAGGAAGUUGAAAGUGAAGAGGACCAUUAAGGUUCCUGCUAUAAGUAACAAACUUGCUGAUAUCCCUGCUGAUGAUUACUCUUGGAGGAAGUAUGGUCAAAAGCCAAUUAAGGGCUCUCCUCAUCCUAGAGGAUACUACAAAUGUAGCAGCAUGAGGGGCUGCCCUGCAAGGAAGCAUGUUGAGCGAUGUGUUGAAGAUCCAUCCAUGUUGAUUGUGACCUAUGAAGGAGAGCACAACCAUGGGAAGCUUCCGACGCAGUCCACAGGCACAUAGAGCGGCUGAGGUGCCAAUUAGUAGCUCGUCGAAGAGUCCCUUACAUCCUGGAAGUAUUCUACGCCUUCAAGAGAACAGCUCAUAGUACAGUCGUCGUCUUCUCGGUUAAGUUUCGGGUCAGAAGGAACCUAAAUUCUUGUCAACUAAAUUGGAGGAACUGGUGUUAACAUGUCAUAGUUUAUGCUCUAACCUCUGUAGAAGGGCUUUGUGCUUGCCUACAGUGUAACGCCCUGCCUAGGCUAUAGAGAACAUAUGAAGGUUUUUGUGUUUGAUGUUGAUGAAUUUAUUGGUCUUGGGGUUUGUUGAUACUUCACUCAACUCAUUCUUGUUUUUUCUGACUGCGUUGACAUAUGAAUUGUUCUGCCUCAA